UGCCCCCUUAUAUAUACUGGUGCCGAUAGUAGUCAACCACAAAACAAUUACAAGAAACACCACACAAGUAACCAGUUCAUUUCCUACAUAAUCAAAUACUUAUAAGUUUCUUGUAAAAAAUGGAUAAAAUAAGCGAGUUGGCAAAGACAAAGGCAGCAGUAAUCUUCACCAAGAGCUCAUGUUGUAUGAGUCACAGUAUCAGUACACUGUUCUAUGAUCUAGGAGCAAGCCCUGCAGUCUUUGAACUAGACAGGGAGCCUAGAGGCAGAGAAAUGGAGUGGGCAUUACAGCGCCUAGGCUGCAGCCCUACUGUUCCUGCUGUUUUUAUAGGCGGCAAGUUUGUGGGCUCUGCUAAGGAUGUGCUAGGAGCUCAUCUUGAUGGCUCCCUUAGAGAUAUGCUUAUUGAAGCAAAAGCUAUCUGGUUCUAGUAUAGUAAUCACAUUAAUUAUGCUUCUAUGCCACCUUAUCGAUCAAAAGCUU